GAAAAUAGAAUGAUCAACGAUUGAAACAUAAAAAUUGUUCGAGAAGAUGAGACUCAGAUUCUGGGAGAGGAUGAGCCGGGUUGACGCCGACACGGCCCCACCCUCGCCCGUCCAGGGGGCUCCGGCACCUGCCGUGAACCCGGCCCACCGCCGGAGCCGCGAGAGCCGAUAGCAGACCCUCUUCUGGGAAACCCAAUGACAUCCCCACAUCGGCCCACGCGGCAUUCAGAUCUUAAAAUCUUCGUCCACGCGCUCAUCUCGCGCGAUCCGGUCAAGGCUGGGCAACGUCAUGUAGGGCACCGGUUGAGGUGACAUCGCGCCGGACGCCCAUCCUCAAAACCAGGAACCUACACCGACGAGCGAGGAGCAAGAGCCGAAUUCAAGGCGGGGAGCCGUCUGUCAAUAAUCUCGGUUACGCAUGUAAAGACACCUCCAGCUCGACCAAAAGGGUGGGUAGUACGAAAGAUAUCUCGAAUAGGUAAGACUGGCCAUGCCAAGGACGGUCGUUAAGAGGACGAGAGGCGAUGGCUGUCGAUGUAUAAGGGCGGGCGUCUUUCUGCGUGUGGCUUGUUAGGUAGACUUCCACAGCCAAACCCAGCACCCUACCUUUGGAGUUUGACCAUCUUGUCAAGAUGAAGCUGUCCACAUCAAGACUCGCGGCGUUCUCGUCAGCGUUGCUGCUAGAGGGUGCCCUCGCGGCCACGUCGGGCAACUUUGACGUCCUGACCAUCAAUGUGGCCGGCCUCCCGGCCAUCCUCAACGACAAUGGUGUUCCCGGCGACAAGGCGGCCAACGCGGCGGCCAUGGGUGCAAAGUUCUCCGAGUAUGGGAUCGACGUCGUGCAGCUGCAAGAGGACUUCAACUACCACGCUCACGUCUACCGGACCAACACGCAUCCGCACAGGACUGCCACAUCGGGCGGUGUUCCAUUUGGUUCGGGUCUCAACACCGUGUCCUACCUUCCCUGGGUUGACUUUCGGCGUAUCAAGUGGAACAAAUGCUCCGAUGCGAGCCAGUUCGAUUGUCUGACGCCGAAAGGCUUCACCUUCAUGCGUGUGGCCAUCUCAUCCGACAGCUCCACUGCGGCCUAUGUUGAUUUCUACAAUCUCCACGCCGACGCCGGUGUCGAGCCUGGUGAUUUUACUGCCCGAAACGACAACGUGAAGCAGGUGGUUGACUACAUUGCCACGUGGAGCAAGGGCAAUGCUGUCGUUGUGGCUGGUGACUUCAACAGCCGCUACACUCGGACAGGCGACACGGGCAUCCGAGAUUUGCUCGCCAGCGAGAAUCCUUCCGGCCCCCGACUCAAGGAUGCCUGGGUUGAGCUCCUCUACAAUAACGUCAUUCCCCAGUCCCCCAGCUCAUGCGGCAACCCCGCUGCCAACGACCUGUGUGAAAUCGUGGACAAGGUCUUUUACCGGGCUAGCCCGCUCCUUAACCUCCAGGCCACCGACGUCCGCUACGAUACUUUGCGGUUCCUUCAGGCCGACGGCAACAUCCUGACAGAUCACAACCCAGUCCUUGUCAACUACACCUGGUCCUCUGGAGCGUCCCUUCGUCAGAGCAGCUUGUUCGGCGGUCCCCACGGCACCUGGUUCAGCGAUGUCCCCGUCCUUGCCGGGACCAACAAGCCAAAGACGGCAACCAUCACUUUCCGAGGAGGAUCCCGUCUUGAUAGCGUCGGACUGACACUGACAGACGGCACCCUAUUCGCCCACGGCGGCACCGGCGGGAGUGUUGUUUCUCUCGUCCUGGAAGCGACCGAAUACUGGACCCAGGCCGAGCUCUGCAGCGGCCAACGUAAGGGGCAAACUCGCAACUUUUAUAUCCGAGCUGUGACUUCUUCGGGGCGCAGUCUCACAGCGGGCUCGGCGACUAGUUCCUGCCAAACAUUCACGGCUCCAAGCGGGUGGCAGAUUGUCGGGUUUGUUGGGCAGGACGGAAGUGAAGUGGAUCAGUUGGCGUUUGUGUAUGCGCCACGAUGAGAAUGGAAUUUGAUGCGAGUUGCUGGUGUCACAUGUGGUUGAUGAUCGGUGUAGUGUAGCGAUUUUCACCGAUAGUUCAUGCCGAGAGACGGAGUUCUCGAGCGUUGUGACGCUUGGGAACUACGACGGCUCCAAAAAGUAUCAGAUCAUAAUCACGCCCAUCGUCUAUCUUACCAUCUUGCUUGAAAU